CGCCGUGACGGUCUCCAGCGGAAGUAGUGGCGGCGGCGGCGAUGUGAAACGCGAGGCGGCGAUGGCAACGGGGCGGCGGUGCAGGAGGAGGCGGAGAAGGACGCGGCGGGCGCGCGCGCAGAUGCGGCGGCGAGGACAGGCGGGGGUCCCCAGCCCGGCUGGCCUACUCCGGCGCCCUCGGGAUGCGCGGCCGGCCGGGGCUGCGGCGGGCGCCUCCAGCUGAGGAGCAGCAGCAGCAGCAGCGCCCCGGGCUGGCCGCGCCGUCGGGGGGCGGCGACGCGAUGCUGCCCUGGAAAAGGCACAAGUUCGAGUUGCUGGCCGCUGACGAGGAGAAGCAGCGGCGGCGGCGGCGGCACCACCUCCCAGAUCCGCUGCUCUCUGCCCCGCCGCUGCCGCCGCCGCCACCUCCGUCGGGCAAGGGCUACUGCCAGGCAAGCGCCGUGAGCCUGCCCUGCUCGGCGGCGCUGGGCUCGCUGGCCCGCGCCUGCCCCGCCGAGAGCGCCCUCAGCAGGAUGGGCAACCUGUUUCGCUCGAGGCGCAAGAAGUUCCGCGUGAGCAGCGAGGCGCCGACCUACACGGGGCUCUACCUGGGCAACGCCACCACGCUGCAGGCCAAGGGCGUGGGCUGUACCGACGCGGCGGUGGGCAAGAUCUGGGCCAAGAGCGAGGCCGGCCGCCACGGCACCAAGAUGAAGCUGACCAUCGGCCCGCAGGGCAUCCGCCUGGCGCCCUCCGACGCCGACGCCACCCGCCCGGGGCACCUCUACCUGCUCCACCGCGUCACCUACUGCGUGGCCGACCCUCGCCUCCCGCGCCUCUUCGCCUGGAUCUACCGGCACGAGGUGAGGCACAAGGCGGUGCUGCUCCGCUGUCACGCCGUCCUGGUCUCCAAGGCCGAGAAGGCCCGUGCCAUGGCGCUGCUCCUCUACCAGACCUCGGCGGCGGCGCUGGCCGAGUUCCGCCGCCUCAAGAAGCGCGCCGACGCGCGGCACCAGCAGCUCCAGCAGGCGGGCCAGGGGGCCGGCGGCGCCAUCCCACUCGUGCCGCUGCGCAAGCUGCUCCUGCACGGGCCCGGCUGCUGCUACAAGCCGCCCGUCGAGCGGAGCCGCAGCGCGCCCAAGCUGGGCUCCAUCACCGAGGACGCGCUGGGCGAGGAGCUGGAGGAGCGCGCCGCCGGCCGCGGGGGCUGCGCCAACGGCGAGGAGGAGGAGGAUGACUACGAGGAGGAGGAAGACGACUGCGAGGACGAGGAGCUGCUGGCGCCGCUGGCCGACGGGGAGGGCGCGGAGGGCCAGGCGUCGCCCAGCCUCGGGCAGCUCAUCAGCGGCUUGGGCGAGCUGGUUAUCGGCAACGACGUGGCUCUCCUGCGCGCCGACCUGCGCGUCACCCGCCUCCUCUCCGGCGAGAGCACCGGCAGCGAGUCCUCCAUCGACAGCAACGGCCGCGACGGGGGGUCCCCGCCGCCGCCGCGGCUCCAGCCCUGCCACGGCCCGGACUGCCCGCAGCCCGACAGCGGCUGAAGGAGGGAGCGGCCGGCUGCAGCGCCUCGACAACCCUCCUCUGCCGGCCGAAGUGGCGGAUGGACCGAGCGAGCGAGGAGUGGCAGUGGAGGGGAAGGGCGGGGGCCGUGGAGCUGCGGAGGCGGACGCCAAGCCGUGGGAACGGCGGGCCAGGCCCCCGGCGCCCUCGCAGAAGGAGCGCCCCCCGCCCCCGGCUGCCGUCGAUCUUUUCAGCUGAGGAGGAGCCCCGCCAGGCUGCCCACCCGCCGGUAGGAUCUCCCCCCCCCGCACGCGGGCGCGGCCCGGAAUGUUCGGAUGCACCGGCCUGGAUUGGUUUCCUCCCGGACCUGCCAAAUACUUUCCCGUAAAUCGUGGGGGUGGGGGAGGGGUGUGUCUUGUUUACAGUUCCAGAAUUGGGGGACAACAGAGGGGAGCCCCUCUCCCUUCCCCCUUCUUGUUCUCUUCUUUUUUUAAAAAAAAAUACAUGUAUCUCUCCAGCCUGGUUCAUUGCAUUCCAUGCUGUCUUUGUAAAAGAUGUUUGCACUGUGGCCCUUUUGUUUUUUUAAAUUAUGACAAUGAGUAUUCUACAGGAAUCCCUUUUCUCCAGUCUCAGUGUUUCUAUAUAUAUAUGUGUGUGUGUGUGUGUGUGUAUUAUAUUAUAUUAUAUCUUUUGCUGUGCAAAAGGAAACUGUAAAUGUGGCUGUUCACUUCAACAUACAGAAAACCCCAACGCUUGUCUCAUAGAUUUUGUUAUCGUCAUGGCGAUGGUUUUGGAGGGCAUCCAGGGAUCGGGAACUUUGUUUUCUUGGUUUGUUUUGCACACAGGUGGAGAAAAUAACAAAGGGCAGGAUGUGGAAGAAGAAGGGAGCCUGCAGCUGGCAGAGGAGGGGGGUCUGUGGGUUUGUGCUCUCCCCCCCCCCGCCUGUAAUAUUUGGAGCCUGGGCAUGUGCUGUAGGAGCAGGCUGGACUCUUGCCCCCCCCCUCUGGCUGUGGCUGUUGGUAAAGUGGAUCAGGGCUGGGGGGGAGGGGGGUGAGCGAUGGAAAUGUUGUCCUCAGAAAACUGCCAUUAAUCUGGGGAGAGGGAUUUAAGUAGGGAGGAAUGGGGGGGCAGGGUUAAAAAAA